AUGGUCAGUAUCUCUAUCGAUGGCGGGAGAGCGGCCUGCCUCUGCCCGAGUAUCUGCAGCAAUCUCGGCAGCAAUCUCGGCGGCGGCAUCAGCAUCAUCGCCAUUGCCAGCACCAGUCCAUUUGCAGCCUCUCGCCCUAUCCGCAUUACCCUCGGCAUUAACAUCUUUCGGUCGCGGCUCUGUCAGGUCGGCCUGCCCGCCCGCGGCAAGUCAUAUAUCAGCAAGAAGCUGUGUCGUUACCUUGUUUGGUGCGGCUUCCGCACCCAGAUCUUCAAUGUCGGCAACCGAAGGCGAGCCAUUCCGAUCUCGCCCUCUGUUGUUGUCACCGCACCCAACUCGACGACCCACGACGCAAAGUUCUUCGACCCGCACAACUCGGAGGCUAAGGCUAUCCGCGACCAGCUUGCCACUGACACCCUCGAGGAGCUUAUUGCGUGGCUGAAAAAGGGCGGCAAGGUCGGCAUCCACGAUGCCACCAACUCAACCAAAGAGCGGCGAGCCAUGCUCCUGGAGCGUGUUGCCCAAGAAAAGUCGAUCCGCUGUAUUUUUGUUGAGAGCAUCUGCACCGAGGGCGAGGUGCUCGACCAAAACAUCCGCAUGAAGCUGCGGGGUCCGGAUUACCUCAACAUGGACUCUGAGCUCGCCAUCCAGGAUUUCUGCAAGCGCAUUCGCAACUACGAAGUCGGCUACGAGACCAUCUCUCAGGAAGAAGAGGACAACGGCAUGGGGUACAUCAAGAUCAUCAAUGUGGGCAAGAAGGUCAUUGCCCACAAUAUCAAGGGCUACCUUGCCAGCCACUGUGUGUUGUACCUGAUGCAGAUGCAUAUCAAGCAGCGCACGAUUUGGAUCAGCAGACACGGCGAGUCAGAAUACAACACCGAGCACCGCAUUGGCGGUGAUCCGCCUCUCACCGCGCGCGGUCGGCAGUACGCCUCGGCACUCGCACAAUUCAUCCAAAACUCCCACCCGCCCAUCGAGACCCAAGACUCAAUUACUUCGUUGGACGAAAACUUUGGUACGGAUGCACACGGCUGUCUCAGUGUCUGGACGUCCACCCUCAGACGGACGAUCGAAACAGGCGAUUAUUUCGACCAAUCCGCCUGCGACAUCAAGCACAUAAAGACUCUGAAUGAGAUCAACGCCGGUAUUUUCGAAAGCAUGACCUACGAGGAGAUUGAGCGGCGUUAUCCGCGCGAAUAUCAGGAGCGCCAGUUCAACAAACUCAACUACCGCUAUCCAGGACCUGGUGGCGAGUCAUACAUGGAUGUCAUAGAUAGACUGAGACCCAUCGUCAUCGAGCUGGAGCGGAUGGAGACCAAUGUCGCUAUUAUCACCCAUCACGUCGUCACAAGAACGCUGUUGGGAUACUUCACAGGCAUCCCUCUCCAGAACAUGCCGACCCUAGAGGUUCCUCUCCACGUUGUCUACUGCCUCAAGCCGCAGCCUUACGGCACCGAGCUGAUCAAGUACGUAUGCGACCAUAGACAGCUCUGUCUGUGGUCCAGGCGUCAUUUGGCUCGGCACGGCUUGAAUGGCUGCCAGUGCUUCGUACACUGUUGUAGGCGACUACUGGAGUGGCCCGGCUUCUGUGAGACUGCCUGGACAUUACAACACCGCCUGCUUCGCUCGCCCACGACUGACCUUUGCAACAUAUUCCCUGUCGGCCACAGAUACAAAUACGACCACGAUACCGACAGCUUCUCUGUCAUCGAGUGA